CACAUGACUAGCAGCUGAUCCAUUUGCUAUUGGGUCCGCAAAGCGGGUUCACUCGAAGGUAAACAACGAAGAUGUCAUGCUGCAGCUAACGUGAAAAGCUCAUUUUACAGUUGUUAUUUGCAUUCAUAUGUGAGCGAGACACAAAAUGAGGUUGUGAGGCUAUACAAAUGGAGACACACUAAUUGGAGGGCUAGUUGCAACUUGUUAUCUUUUCACGGAGCUUAAAAACAGUAACGGAAAUGGUUACUAAAGGGAAAGGAGAUGCACCCAAGAUUGUGGAGCCAGAGCAGGAACCUCUGAAAUCUGAAGAUAAAGAACAGCCUGCAAAAGGAUCCUGCCACUUGGAGUUUAUUCCCCCUGAUGGGGGGUGGGGCUGGGUGGUAUGCUUGGCCUCUUGUUGGACAAAUGGGACAAUAUUUGGAAUUCUCAACAAUUUUGGUAUUCUUUUUCCUAAGAUGCUAGAGGCAUACGCAAAGGAUGACCCACAUGCAACUUUUAGAACAUCUUGGAUUGGAUCUCUUUGUGUUGGAAUGACGUUCUUUAUGUCAAUGAUUGCAAGCAUUUUGACAGAUCGUCUGGGAAUACGUGUCACAGCAUGUGCGGGUGCCCUUAUUGCGACUGCAGGCAUCCUGGCCAGUUCAUUUAUAGAACAACUAGAACUGAUGUAUCUGACAUAUGGUAUACUAUUGGGUACAGGCUGUUCUUUGGUCUAUACUCCGUCCCUGGUAAUAUUAGGACAUUACUUCAAAAAGCGUUUAGGUCUGGUCAACGGAAUAGUGACCUUAGGAAGUGCUAUAUUUACCAUAGUUUUGCCAUAUGUGCUCAAGCAUGCCUUACACACAAUCGGCUUCAAACACACUGUCCAUAUUUUGGUUGCCUUGGUUGCCUUAUUAUUUCUUUGUGCCAUCAGCUGGAAACCCCUCAUCGUUCACCCCUCAAAGUCCCAACACAGUGGAGUGGAACAAUUUCUGUCAACAGCAACCAUCACUGAAAAUAUGAGUGACUGUAUGCGCUGGACACGCAGAUUUCUCAAUGUAAAGAUUUGGCGACAGAAGGGCUAUGUUAUCUGGGUGAUUGCAGUUCCUGUCUGCCUAUUUGGAUAUUUUAUUCCAUUUGCCUAUUUGGUAAAACAUGUGAAAGAUGUCCUUGGAGAAAGUGCCAACUCUGAAAUUCUCAUCAUGUGCUUGGGUGGCACUUCUGGUGUAAGCCGCUUGGUUUCAGGCAAGCUAGCAGACGUGAAGUGGGUAAAUCGCAUCCGUCUCCAGCAAGCAGCAUUCGUUGUCCUAGGCAUCUGUACCCUGUGCAUUCCUUUUGCUACACAUUUUGCAGUCUUUGUGGUAAUUGUCCUGAUAAUGGGGCUGUGUGAUGGAUGUUUUGUUUGUCUUCUUGGACCCAUUGCCUUUGACUUAGUAGGUUCAAAGGGAGCAUCACAAGCUGUAGGCUUUCUGCUAGGGCUAAUGUCAGUCCCCAUGAUGAUUGGACCACCAAUAGGAGGGAUGCUGAAAGAUCAUUUUGGAUCAUACAACAGUUCAUUUUGGUAUGCUGGAAUUCCUCCAAUAAUUGGAGCAGCCAUCAUGUUCCUUAUCCCUAAACAUAAGCAGCAAUUUCCUGCUGUGUUUGAGUUGGAAGAGUUUGCAGCCAUGGCAACUGAGAGUUAUGAUGAUGAAGAGGAGUGGGCAGCUAACGAGGACUACCUGAAGUAUUACAUCCACUCAGAUGGAAUUUGGCAGAUGCAUCAUGGGAAGCCAUGGAAAGGAUCCCCACAAGAGGAAGACCUAGAAAAAGCCAAGAAGCAGUUUACAACCAAGAAUGGCUUCCUUGCUGUUCCUUCUGUAAUCCCUGGGUUACCUCAAAAUACAGAGAGUCUAACACAUGAAGAAGACAAUAUCAACAAACCUGGUGGUCAAGGCCCUCAGUUAACCAUCAGUAAAGUAGAAACUGAUGGCACUCCUACAGCAACUGUUCCCAAGACCAGUGGUGAGAGUGACGCGCAAAGGAAAAGGCACCACAGUGACGGGGCUCAGCACAACAAGAAACCAAAUGGAAGCAUUAAACGUUGGUCACUGCAACAGCCAGAUAACAUCCAGGAGGAUACUAUUGGUACGGGAGAAGUAGUUAUUGCAAAGGAAUCUGUUUUAUAGUUUGUUCAUGGGGUGAUAUUUAGUGUACCGUAUCUCAGCAGAUCAAAGAACUGAUGCUGAUAUGUUCGAAGGCAUGAUAAUUGUAUUUUGUCAUAUGGAAUACACUGAAAGAUCACACAAGAUUUAGAGUGACCACAUCAGCAGGAAACACAUGUAUACAGGUACACGAGGGCAGUUAACACAUUUGGGAAAACUGUUGUAAGCUUGUGCAGUUGAUCAAGGAAUACUUCCUGAAAUGAAAGUUACAUUUUGUAGAAAUACAAAAUUGAACAAUUGAGCAUGCACUUACAAAUUGAUGUUUAAGCAUUGCCCUUCUUUGAAUAGGGAUUGCUAUAUUUAGAAAAAUAUUUAUGAGUUGAUGUCAACAGAGCUUUUUGGUAGGCUCAAUAGUUGCAAUGCAGGCUUGACAAAAAUGAAUCUUCAACAAAAUUUGAGAAUUGCGAGAGGGGAAGUUGUCCUCGCAAUGCAUUUUGAGCAAAGCUGAAUAAAUCUUGCCUGCUGCACAUGUCAGCAAGCAUUGCCCUAACUUACUAGCCUAAUAUUUGCAUCUAAAUAAUCUACCUCGCUCUAACUGGAAUAAGGCAGUUUACAGUGAUUCAGUAUAUGGUAAUUAGUCUUUCCUAACUCAAUAAUUUGGUCAGUCAAUUUCACAGAAUGCCAUAAGAUAAAUAUCUGCCUUUACUGUUUGUGGAUUCACUACUAUGUGCAGAUUCACUUAAAAAAUUCACUCAUUUUAAGGAAUGUUUUUGAGAUAUUGAUAAACAUACAGUUUUUUCCAUGUUCUUGAAUGGCAAAUUUUUAUGUUAAAUUUUAAAGGGCAUUAAUAAGUGAUUAUAGGCAUUUUCCAUAUUUUAUUCCAUACUUUAUUUUUUUAAUAAUAUUAUAUAGGAUUGUUGAAUUAUGUCCCAUAAAUAAGUAAAUAUAUUAAAACUGUUAUGAUGUUAAUGUGAUGUUACAUACACAUUUGAUAGCACGUGUGAGAAUCAUUAAUUUUGUUUGACUUUGAAUUGUAUUUCUUUCCCUCAGUAGUUUGAAUUCGUGUUGUUCGCUUUUCAUUUAAUAAGCUGUUGUUUAAAUUGUUUUAUGUUACUAUUUUAUUACUCAGAUCCAUGAAAUAUUUUCAUGCACUUUUACAUUUAUUACAAUUGUUUAUCCAGUAUUCAUUAUACUUUCUUCAUAUUAUUUACUGAGCUUUGUGCCAUAUUAAUAUUUAAUGAUUGCUUAAUGCAUGUGAUGAGUGUUAAGUGCAUUUGGCCAUUCUUAAACAUUUCACAGUAGAUUUGUAUAGUUAUUAUACAGGAUACAUUGAAAUAGUGUUUCAAACUUUUAUCUUUACUCGUGAUAGAGUAGUAUUGGCAAAUCCAUUUAAUUUCAUUGGGCAUUAUAUUGAUAUUUCCUCUUUGUCCUUUUUAUGGGGUAAAGAUCAAUAAUAAAAACUUCUAUUUGCACACCAGUA